CCUACGUACAGCAUCCACCCACGGUCCGAGCACUGAACGACGUAUACGAUGAACGAGAGGGCUGAAUGUCGGAACUCUCUUCCUUCAACGUUACAUCUACGAAGGUAGAGCAGCUGCAUCAGUACAAGGCAAAUUGCGCGAGUGCUACGGAUCCGUGCCGUCGGCGUUAUUGCUGAUCCAAGCUACGAAUCACUCCAGACCGGCCUCCGCCACGCUCUCGCUCCUACAUUUUUCUUCCUCCCUGCCACGACCCCGCUUUUCCCUCGCCUCUUCCAAGGAUUUUUCCGCCCCCACUUGUCGGCUACCGCUCUUCAAAAAGCACUUGCCAAGCAAAAUCCCGGCUUCUUCCCACUUUUCUUAUUCCCUUUGACUGUGACCAUGCACCGCGCCACUCUGCUGGCGCUCGCCCUUCUCGCUCCUUUUACUACACUCGCUCAUGACAUACCCCAAUGGCACCACCGCCGCAGCAUACCCUCCAAGCGAGCUAUAAUCGAUUCGUCUUCUCUUUCUGACUCAUACGACUACAUCGUCGCUGGGGGCGGCUCGGCAGGUCUCGUUGUCGCUUCAAUUCUUUCCGAAGACUCAAAUGUCACCGUUCUGGUUCUUGAGGCUGGCUCGAGUGGUGAUGAGGUAGCUACCCGACGUGGUAAGCAUCAUUCCAUGCUGUACAAAUCACAAUUACAUCCCGGAAUAUCGUGGACGUCCUCCACAACCGCACAAUCCAAUCUCGCUGAUCGUGUCCUCACAUGGUCCCGCGGCAAAAUUCUGGGUGGAUCUGUCGAAAUCGAUGCUUGGGCAUCAUUAAUUGGUGACGAGGACUACUGGAACUGGGAUAACUUUUACAAUGUCAUGAAAACCAUCGAAACAUUCACGCCACCUACAUCCGAUGCUGAGAGCGUUGGCGACAUCACAUACGACACCAGCUCCAACUCGGAUUCAACGGAAACUGGACCUACCUCCUGCCAAGCAGCUGGUAUCGAAGCCCGAAAAGAUCCUCACGGCGGAGAGAACUGGGGCGCAUCGAACUUGGCCAUCCUCCCCAACGCUACCGUCGUUCGCAUCAACUGGGACACCUCCAGCAGUAAUAUCAAAGCCAAGAGUGUCGUAUGGCAGGAGAGCGCGAGUGAUAGUGAGCACACGAUUACCGUCAACAAGGAGGUUAUUCUCGCCGGUGGUGUCAUCGGUUCCCCGCACAUUAUGCUCCUCUCCGGUGUCGGCCCCUCCUCCGUUCUUUCAGCCGCCGGUAUCAAUGUCGUCCUCGACCUUCCCGGAGUCGGCCAGAACCUCCAAGACCACGUCGGCAAUGGUAUCAACUGGGCCACGACGGAAGCCACCAUGAUGACGAUCGAAAACUCUGGCUCCGACUUUUCCAAGACCGCAGAAUGGCUCUCCUUCAUCUCGGACGCCAUCGCCUACGUCAAUCUCACUACUCUCAUGGGCGACAACAUGACGAAUUGGAUUUCGACGGUCCGGAAUGAGUACACCGCUUCGGAAGCCUGGAUCCCCUCAACGGAUUCGACGAUCCUCGCAGGAUACAAGAGCACCUUUGACGUGAUCACUCAGACGUACUACCCUUCUUCGAUACCCCAAAUUGAGAUUCUCCUCUCACUCAACGCCGCCAACACCGUCACCAUCCAAGCCGCCCUCCAACACCCUCUCAGUCGCGGCCAGAUCACUCUCAACUCCACCAGUGCAUUCGACCAGCCGCAAAUCGACCCUGGAUACUUCUCUCACUGGGCCGACAGGGAUAUCCUUCGCGCCGCUUUCAAGCUUGUUCGGAAAAUCGCUGCUGCACAGCCCAUCGCUCAGUACCUCGGUACUGAAUCAUCUCCCGGAACGAGCGUUAGCUCCGAUGAUGAUCUCAACACAUGGAUGAACGCGAACGUGCACACGGAUUACCACCCGCUGGGUAGCAUGAGCAUGUUGCCCAAGGCUCAGGGUGGUGUUGUCGAUAAGUACUGCUUGGUAUACGGAACUUCUAACGUCCGUGUUGUUGAUGCGUCGAUUUUCCCUAUGUCGAUGUCAUCCCAUACCGGAUCCCCCGCAUUCGCUGUCGGGUACCAAGGCGCUACCCUCAUCCGGGGCAUCAACAACGGAGUCAUUUCUACGACCAACUCAUCAUCAUCCUCGAAUGCGUCGUCUUCCUCCGGCUCCACGACAUCUUCAAGCAGCGCUGCUACGACGAGCAACAACGGCGCCACGUCAGUCCACCUCUCCGCCUGGGGCGCUAUCGCUACUUUGUUCUUGGGCUGCAUCAUGGUCUAGUAAACCGAGAUUAUGGAUAAUUGUCAUGACGGUGCUACGUAUACAUGCUACGAACUCAGACUUUUCAAAUACGGACGAUAGAUAUUAUAAUUACGUUGGCACACGCCACGGACGCUCGUUUUAUACCACACUCGUUUUUUUAAACUCUACUUUCAUCUUAGGAAGACGGGUUUUCCUCCUACAUUUGACGGGACAAUUAUUUGCGUAGUCUAAUGGAUGUCGUACUUAGUGAUGAUUGCUCUGGAAAAGCUUGUCUGUUUGAC